AUGAGCGACUUGGUGGGAGAGCGCUCCCGCCUUCGGCGUUACCCCGAGCUUCCGGUGUGGGUGGUGGAGGACCAUCAGGAGGUUUUGCCUUUUAUAUACCGAGCCAUUGGCUCCAAGCACCUUCCUGCUAGUGAUAUAAGUUUCGUACAUUUUGAUUCACAUCCGGACCUCCUUAUUCCUGUGAAUAUGCCAGCAGACACUGUGUUUGACAAGGAAGCACUCUUCGGAGAAUUAAGUAUUGAGAAUUGGAUUAUGCCUGCAGUGUAUGCUGGUCAUUUUUCGCACGUACUGUGGCUCCAUCCUCCAUGGGCUCAGCAAAUGAAAGAGGGCAAACAUCACUUUUUAGUAGGCAAAGACACGUCCACCACGACAAUCAGGGUCACAAGUACAGAUCAUUACUUCCUAAGUGAUGGUCUGUAUGUACCUGAAGACCAGCUAGAGAACCAAAAACCUUUACACUUGGAUGUAGUUAUGGUAAAAGCUUAUGAAUUCUGUCACAACCAGGAAGGAAAUGGUACAGUAUCAUCUGCUAAGAAACCAAAGCUAGCACUGGAGGAUGCAGGACACGCUGCCUCUCCCAACUGUGCCUCGUACUCAGAAGGACAGGAAAAGGGCCUAGUGACGCAGGAAAGAGGUCAAACCUGCCUGGAACCAUCGUGUUCAUGUCCCGAGGCUCAGGAGGGCCAGGCCGCAGCCAACACUGGAGACCUUCUGGAGAUUUUCAAAAAAAGGGACACAUUUGUUUUAGAUAUUGACUUAGAUUUCUUUUCCGUCAAGAAUCCAUUCAAAGAAAUGUUCGCUCAGGAAGAGUACAAAAUCUUACAAGAGCUGUAUCAUUUUAAAAAGCCCGCUGCCAACCUAACAGAGGAAGAUCUGGUAGACUGUGUUGAUACUCGAAUUCAUCAGUUAGAAGAUCUUGAGGCUGCCUUUGCUGAUUUGUGUGAUGGAGAUGAUGAAGACACUGUACAGAGAUGGGCUUCAAACCCUGGAAUGGAGUCACUAAUUCCACUUGUACACAGUUUGAAAAAACGAAUGGAAGCACCAGACUAUGAGAUGGUUCACCAGGCUGGCCUCACCUGUGAUUAUUCAGAACUCCCUCACCAUAUCAGCACCGAGCAAGAAAUUGAGUCUCUUGUUCAGUCUGUUUAUUCCUUACUGAAAAGCUUACCCAAACCUACACUCGUGACAAUUGCAAGGUCUAGUCUAGAUGAUUACUGUCCUUCAGAGCAAGUUGACGCCAUUCAGGAGAAGGUCCUCAGCGUGCUUCGUGCCCUGUAUGGCACCCUGGACGUUCACCUGGCAUACUCAGCAGAUGCUUCUCCCGCAGGAAACAAAACAUAG